AUGGAGAAAGACCUUAGAACAUUAAAUCUUAAAGACAAUACUAAAGACAACUUAACCAAAAAAGAGAGAAAAGCUUUAAAACAAUUAAUGGAAGAAGAAAAUAUAACCAUAAGGGGAGCAGAUAAAGGUGGAGGCCUAGUGAUAUUAAACACAACAGAUUAUAAAAAUGAAAAUCAAAGAUUACUUCAAGACACAAAUACAUAUCAAAUUCUAACAACAAAUCCAACUAAUGAAUUUCAACUAGAGCUACAGAAGUUAUUAGAAGAAG